GGAAACGAAAACAGAAGGUGUCAGUCGUCAUGAGAGAGCAGUGAGUAUACUGUCUUCAUCAGCAUGGCUCGAAUAGCGGAGAAUCAGGAUAAGAGCUGCUAAUCCCGUCUUCAUGGCCAGACUCUGAUUGUCGUUGCCACUGAGAAGGUACUUGCUCACUGACUAAGGAGUCUCUCCUUUCGCCGCCUGCUGCAUCACCGUGGCCUUCUGCUUGUGGUUUGCCUUUCGCACUGCAGCAAUGUCUUCCAGUUCUGCAUCUAAUUCCCGAAAGAACGGGGCGACGGAAGAGAAAGACCCUUCGGCAAGCCCUGCGGAGAAUAAUGGUGAUACCAAAAAAUUACACCAGCAGUCUACUACGACUUCCGCCGCAACAGCAAGUGCCAACGCUGCAUCCCACAUGAACUCCUCUACUUCGGAUUUGGCGGCGGCGCUGGGUCCCGAGUUGCUGCGUACCUUCGCUCGCGCGAUGGAGCAGCUGGAGCAACGUAUCAUCAACAACGAACAGGUGGUUGCGGAGCAGAGCGUGCGGAUCGCGGACCUGGCGGGUACGGUCGCGACCACAAACGCGUUUUCCGUACCGAUCGAGCACACGCGCGACCGGGUGGGCGAGUGCGAGCGGCUGAUCGCGAACGGGGAGGAGACGGACGAGAAGCUCUUUUUGCAGCUGCAGCAGGUCACCGAGGACCAGCAGCGGACGAACUUCGAGGUGCAGAAGCAGCUGGAACGGCAAAACGGGGCCAUCAAGCAGAUGGAAGAGCACGUGGAGCGGAUCGAGCACGAGCUGCAGACCUGCGUGAAGCAGUUCCAAACGACGGAGAGCAGCUGGGAGGCGCAUUUCGUCGAGCACGACACGAACAUCCAGUCCGCGCUCCGGAAGUUCGAGUUUCGGCAGUUGCAGCUGGAGGACGACAUUUUCAGACACCAAAACGAGUUGCUGCUGGACCGCGCGGAAAACCGCACGUGGGCAGACAAGAUUCGCGAACUCGACGCCAGGUUGGAUCAGGUUGGAAGUCGUGGUUGCUUCUAUUAGUAAGUAAUUCAGCAUAAUUUUUGGCGGCGUGUAGAGCAGUUUGAUGCGUAGUAGUUGCUGUGUACAAAAAGGAUCUCAAAAAUCGUUCGCAGGUGGAAAGCUCGCGCGCGCUGAGUUCCGAAGUCCACACCCGGGAGCGGAAGAUGCGCGAGCUGAUCGAGCAGCAGGCGGAAAAACAGAGCUUGCUGGAGCAGCAGCACAAGCUGCUGCUCGACGAUGCGAAGGUGCUCUUCGCGCAGAGUGCGGACUACUUGUUGGAGAAGCAGAAGAAUUUCAAGAGUGAAUUCGCGAAGAAGUGGGAGGAGUUGGAAGAGGCCCGCGCCGGGUUCGAAUCCCGUUUGGAAACCGCGGAGGCCGAGGUGCGGGGUUUCCUUGCGCAGGUCGACGGAAUAGCCGCGGACACGGUGGAGGAAUCUCGCGAGCUGGUGCAGUAUCAAAUGUAAAAAUGUCUGGGUCUGGAAGAAUGCAACUUGUGAUGCUGCAUUUGGAGUCCAGAAAAAUCUGUAUUGCAUGAGUACCAAAAGGAAUGUAAUUUUUGCUACGCGGAGAGGGCAGUUGUCAUGCGGAAUAGGCAUCAAGAAGCUCGCAAAAAGUCUGUGAUGCUAGGGCAUGCAUCACAGACAUCAGGGCUCAUGCAAAACCGUAGCCAUUUUGGCUCAAGACUUUGUCUUGUUGCCUGAGAUCCAUCAAUGUAGAACAGGGGGAGCUAUGCCGUAGAGUAGGACCUUUCUGUUUGUUGAUCUCCUAAAUUGUUUUACUACCACUGACGCCACGUCGGUACCUCCCCCGACUCCCUGCAGUGGAGUUUCGAAAGGAAAGUAGAUAAACACCCGUACGUGGCGGGUCCUCUGUGCCCCUUUACAGUAGUACUAGCUAGAGCAUCGGCGCCCCGAGCGUCCGUGCGCACACUGACAACGCACAUGGCCUCUCCUCCGACGACAGCCAUCGACUUACCGUCUUGCCCACGCCCAGAAGCACGGUAAACGAGGACCGCCACGCCGACAUUGACUGCCGGUGGAUUGGGCAGGCGCCAUGACAAGCAUAGCAUGGGCCCCGGUUUAAAGCACAACACGAGCGGAAAAGGGCGCUUCGUUACUGUCUUCGAUGAGAAGGCUGGCCAUCACACGCGGCCCCGCACAAUCCCCAGCAUGGGUGGACUCGGACGCUUUCGGGAAGACAUCUUCCGCGCAGGGUCCGCGCAUCACGGGACGCGAGCGCGCGCUGGAGCCACGGCCAUGUGAUGGCGAUCUUCUGGGGGGGGCAAAGUAGUAUAGUGCUAUUUUUAUUGUGCUUUUUGGUUUCCUCCUCUGAAGUCCUUGCAUGUGAAGUAGCUUCGUUGUGUCUCCUUCUCUCUUCAAUCAUCUGGCCGGUCUACUACUCUGUUGUUGUGUGCACGGGGGCGGAACAUGUCCGUCCCCGCUGUUGCCUCAAUUUAAUCACAGGUGCCCGCUCUUCCUGUGGACCCUGGAAGAUGAUGUUGUCUCUCGACCAAGAUUCUCCUGCGCUGUCACCGCAUCUCUCUCACCCCCAGAAUCCAGGGCAGACCUGAUAGUCUGUGCGCGUAAAGUCCCUGCUGUGACUCUAGCGGCACCCCUGAUAGAGCGUGUUUGGAUUCUGGGCAUUUGCGCACAGGACUGUGGCCCAGCAACGAAGGCCAGGGCGGGACCAUAGGAGCUUCGCGAGGCGGCGCGGGUGCUCCUAAAUGGCUUACGGUAGUGGAGUCGGCGGGCUGCUGGACGUAUCUUGAGUUCUCCGCCCCAGAUGCGUAUGCGAGCGCGCGCGGCAUUUCCAGCUCUCCCGUUCGAGGUAGUAGCCAUGUCUGGGUUCCCCACGAGGACGAGAUACGAGCGGAAGCCAGUGCCGACCAACAUGAACGCGUGGCGACGGAUCCCGCAAACGAGAUGAUGGGUGUUGCUCACCGCCUCGGUGUUGGCGACGUGUCUGGAUGCUGGAUGCCCUAUGUCUACCCCUCUCGUGGCCGUUCUGGUGCGCCUUCUCAUGUGAGGUCGUUGACGAGGCUUGGUGGGAAAUUCCCGUUGCGCGAGGCUCUUGCCUUGCUCUCUGUCUUCGCCCCCAGCGGUGUUGAGAUAGUAGAAGCGUCUGUUGUGGCCGUCGGAGCUUGCUCCGGGUCUUGUGGCUCCUCUCGUCCUCGGUGGAGUACCUGAGUGGCUUUUGCUGCUGCCUCCGUUGACUUUUGGCUGCUGCUUGACUGGCGGUUGGGAACACAUCAGGCGUCUUUGUGCUGUUGCUUCUGCCGCGUGGUCCCCAGUGUUCCCCGGGUCCGGAACUCUGGGUUACCUUGGUCGAGUUGGUGUCACUGUCGGUUCACCUAUGUCCCUGCCUUUCUGUUCUUGCCACUGGGAACAGUCUGUGCGUUUCUUUCGUCAGCGGCUUCUCGGCGCUGAAGCUCGUUGACGAUUGUUUCGGGAGGUUCCUAACGGCCCCUGAGGACAUUGCCUCGUUGCCGACCAGGCCGAACUUAGAGGUCGGCUUCGGGAAGGCUACCCGGAGUUGAGUCUGUUUCGGCAGGUCUCUUGUGAAUGCGAGGGCAGUGGUUGGCUGAGGUUGUUGGAGCGUUCCAUAGUGUCGCUCCAGAUCAUUUCUGAUCCUUCUCCAACUUCCUCAUUUCCUGUGUGGUCUAAUGCAGAUUGCAGAUCACAACACAGGGCCACCCUCGCAUCUCACCUCCAGGGGGGGCGCGCGGACCUCGCUUGCCAUUUCGUUUGGUCUCGCGAAAGUUCCAGCUCCCCCGAGCGGUAGUAGGGGAUUUCCAAGUGUGCAAAACGUGCAUGACAAGUGUCAGAAUCUUCCAGACCCAGACACUUUUACACUUGAUAAUCAGGAGUUGCGCACGGAGCUCUGUUUCGCGGAGCAGAAGCGGCUCAAGGACCGCUCGGUGCUGGACCAAAAGUUGCAAGAUGUGGCCGGCCAGCUCGCAAUCUGUGGGCGCGGAUUGGAAGAAGUGCUGUAUCGGGCACAACAAGAAGAGCAAGCUGGGUACAACUGUGUUGCGGAAGAACGACCAGUGCAAGCCGGAACUACAACAACCGAAGCGGAGGAAGUUAACGAUGAAAGAACAAGCUUGGACGAGGUGGUCCCGGUUGACAAACGGCGAACGUCUGCGGUGGAGCCAGACGACGGUCGUUACGCGUUUGAUGCCCGUGGUCAAGAAGAUCGAGGUAGGCAACCGACUCAAUUUGCUUCAACAUCGUGGCCUGCCGCCGAAGCCAGGCAAAAUGCGUUCGCGACGGAGCGUUCUGGGUAUGGUAGUUUUGUCGAAGCAAAGGAAUCUUUUGAAGCGGAUGACGACGGAGGCCUAAUUUCUGGGCAGCGAAGGAAGAGAGGUACGAACGUGGGCCCGCGCAUGCAGUCUGUGUUCCAACAGCCAUACAGGACAACAAGAAACACCGCUGCGGUAAAAAAAAGCGCUUACAACGCGAGAUCCACAAAUGCGAUACCCCACGAUGGACCAAUGAUGAGCGAGUACAUUCUUCCCCGAGAGCAUCAAACAGGUCGCGGGUUUCCGUCGUUGCUGGUAAGUCCGAACCACGUGGCGCAAACCGUGCAAACACCGCCGGGGAAAAAAAGUAAACGAGAACAUCCACCACAAGAAGCCCCAGAGGAGGCUCAUUUUACGCCGAGUCAAAAACAGCAAGAGGGUCAGUUUUUAGACUCGAUUGUGCCCAGCGUAUCGAUGGUGUACACCCCAAGCCCCAUUCGGAGAAUUUUAGGACAGCACUCCACGACCAAUCAGGCAGCGCCCCCAAGAAAAACGAAGCAGUGAGCGUCACCUGGGUGGUUUUGAGUUGGCUAUGUAGAAACUACGGAAAGCCGAGCAAUGUUUGCGAUUUGUGCUGUCGUACAUGGAAAACGAAAAACUGCAUCAAUCUUAGUGCAAAACUAAGUAAGGCGGAGGACUUAGCGCACAGGAUGUUUAAGUACAAUAGAAUCGAGACUUGUUGAAGAGAUUUUAUCAACUUGAAGAAAAUUCAGCUGAUGUUGAAGAGGUGCAAU